UCAAACUGAAGAACAAUCGACGGAAAAACGCGCCUGUAUCAAACUGGAUCAGUGGUUUACUAUCCAAAACGGUUUCUACGUCAUAUAUGAACAACAGCUGAAUGGUUUUUGUUUGCAGAGCAAAAUGGCGGACCUCAGCGCCUAUCGCGACCAGCAGUUCAGAGUGAUUAUUUUCCCUUUGAUCUUCAAAUUUACACUGUUAAACAAACUACUGUUUCAAGGCCUAACGAUCUUUGUUUUGCUUACCCGGUUUUUAGGGCACUCGCGACGAGUUAGAAAAAAAGUUGGAAACGAGUUCGACAUUGUACGUGGGAAAUUUGUCGUUUUACACAACGGAAGAACAGAUCUACGAGUUAUUCUCGCGAGCUGGGGACCUAAAAAGGAUCAUUAUGGGACUAGAUAAGAUGAAAAAGACUCCUUGUGGAUUCUGUUUCGUUGAGUAUCCUUUGCUGUCGAGAUGAUUAACCUGGUCCCCCGGAUGCAAAGUUUUUUCUUCGCUCUUUUAAAUCGAGUAUCAUUAUUAAUUUUAGUCAGUUUUAUCAGUUGUAGUUUUUAGUGUAAUGCGCAUUUGAUCCUGUACUGUUUGUUAAUUAGCGCCAUAACAAGUAAUGCAUAUUAUUAUUUUCUUCCAACCCCAUACAUUUAUUAUGUAUUUUCAUGUUUCGGCUCUAUUCAUAUUAACUAAGCUUAUUUAUGUAAUAUAGCAUGAAAUUGUUGCAUGCAUUAGUAGUGUAUGGGGUUUUACGAAAAUCUUGCCAAAAAAAAAAAGCUGAUCUUGCUUGGAUUUCGUUCCAGUGAAAAAAGGUUUUCUGUGGGUUGGUUUCAGAUACCCCCCGGCAUAGUAAAUCGAACCCAAUCGAACUAAAUUUCAAUCGAACUAAAUCGAACUCAAUCGAACUCAAUCGUUGGAUUGAGUUCGAUUGAGUUCGGCUAUCGAACGAAAUCGAACUCACCGAAAAAAAAAAUCAAUCAAACCCAAUCGAACGUUCGAUUUUCGAACUCGUGAUUUAUGUAAAACAGACGUUGAAAAUCCAUUACCAGAUCUUAGAAGCUCGAGCUACUUCAGCCCUGAGUGUAGCACACGUGUUUUUCGUAAACGAAGAAAUUCCGCAGAAAUGGCUUCAGAUGCGUUUUGGAUCGUAAGCUUCAAAUGUAUAGUCAAAGGCUACUAGGAAUGCCGCUUUGAUGUCAAGGAUGGCAAAGUUUUCAGGGUUUUAAAGAAAAUAGGCGAGAAAGGCCGUGCCUUAAUUCCGAAUUGCAAACGAGCGCGGACAAUUAGGUCACCUUCAACGUGAACUGGUUGCUUCCCUGUGGCCUGUAAAUGCUUCGAUAACUUGGUAAGUGAAGAUGUUUGUAAGGGAUUCGCGAAUAUAUUAAUUUGCCUCAAGUAGUUAAUAUUGUGCAACCCUUAUGAAAAACAGGGGAAGCAAAACUUAUGCAUACUUUUCACCUUUAGUAGGGUCUGUGGGCCACCAUUUGAUGAUCCUAAAGGUCGCUGGCAAAGAGGAGGUGGUAUCAAUGUCCCAAUUAUCCUAAAGUUUUCAACAAGGCGAGCCGAAGCAUUGAAUGUAUACUGUAAAGGAACUCGUGAAUAAAUAGUAAAAAAAGCGCAAGAAAAACUUGCUUUGACGGGCUUGCUUUGGGCUUGCUUUGUAUAGGUUCACCAGAGCCAAUCGAAUGAAAUCCAUUUAAUUGUGUUCGAUUGAGUUCGGUUUCCGAACUCAAUCGAACACAAUCAGACGGAUUGAGCUCGAUUGAGUUCGAUUUGUUCGAUUGAAUUCGAUUUGUUCGGAAAUCGAACUCACUGAAAGUGUAGUGUUCGAUUUCGUUCGAUUGCCGAACUCAAUCCACGGAUUGAGUUCAAUUGAGUUCGAUUUUCGAACGUUCGAUUUACUAUGCCGGGAGAUACCCUGAACUUUAAAUCCCGUAGUUCUUGAUUCUGAUAAAAACUGCAAACUUUAGCUACAACAUAGAUACUAUACACGCGAGGAUGCUUGGAACGCAGUGUGGUACAUAAAUGGUACAAGACUAGAUGACAGGAUCAUACGCACGGACUGGGAUGCAGGCUUUGUCGAGGGACGCCAGUAUGGAAGAGGCAGGAGUGGAGGGCAAGUAAGUGCAAAAGAGGUUGUUUACGUAACAAGCAGGACCAACACCAUGAAGAUAAUUGCCAUAGUAAUGAUGUUGAUGGAAAACUGUUUGUGAUGAUUUUGGUGGCUGACUGUACUGAUGGUCACAUGCAGCUGUUGUUUGUAAAGAUAAUGAUCUUGUUAUUGACAAAAGUGUUAAUGGCAGUGGUACUAUUAAUGAUGAUGACAAUCAUGGUAAAUGAUAAUGAUAACUAGGACAUGUAUCAAUGGUCAACAGUUAUUUGUUUAGUAAUGAUAUUGAACAGUGAUAGUACUAGCCUGUCCCAGGCUCUCAGACAGUAUGGUGGGGACGUAUUUAAAUAAGCAAAGCGAAAAUAAGAUGUGCGCGCCUUGGGAAAGGGGGUGGUGCCCUGUCUCUCCCCAGGUUCCAUGCGUUUUUCGCAUUCCUUUUAACUGAACGACUUUUCAUCACUAUCUUAGAGCCUGGAACAGGCUAUGAUAGUACUGUUGACCAAUUAGUAUAAGGAGCUGUAUAGGAUAAUCAAAUAAUUUUUUGUCCACAACAUAAUUAAGUAUAUAAAUGGUCAACUUUCAGCUGGGGGUUGGGGAUUCUCCCCACUGCUAAUUGCAUGAUCCCUGGCUACUUUCAUUGGAAUCAAAUGGAAAAUAGAACUCAACUGCUCAAUUCCCUGCUUAUUAUAAUGUACCUGGCAACUUGAAAACUAAGUGGCUGCCCUGACUAUGAAAAUAGCAACAAUAUAGUGAUGGUUGAUGGUGAGACUGAUGAUGGUCUUUAAAUUUCAGGUACGAGAUGAGUACAGAAGUGAUUAUGAUCCCGGUAGAGGAGGAUAUGGCAAAAAAGCUAACACCCAACAGCAGGGUGCAGGAGUCAUUUCAAGCCCACCUGUUGCUUAUUCAAAGCGUUGAGCUGACAUUCUGUACAGAAGAAAGGAUAUUUGUCUGGCUCAGCAAAGAAUAGCCCACAUUCAAUAUAUUAAAAUUAUUACAUGACUCCAAGGUUUUCUGGUCAUUUUUAUAUAUUUGGUUUGGUUUUCUUUGUGCUCAAUUCUCUUCUGGGAAUUGCGAGACAAUGGAGUCGUGAGUUAAGUGUUAGCAAGACUAUAAUUCCCGAGAAUUUCUGGCAAUUCUUAAGAUUUUGAGCCUAAAGCCUCAAAGUCAUGUUAGAAUAAUUCAUUUUAAUCUGUCGAACGUGGGUAUUGUCUGGGGACAUUCUUUUUAAAAAAACAGGCAAAAUACUUAAAUACUAUAUACUAUACUGGUGGAGGUCGUCUUCCUAGUUUGGAUCGUUAGGAUGAUGCAAACAUAUUCCCAUGGGAGUGGAUAUAAAAUGGUGACAGUAGAUGCAUAGAUCCCCACAUACUGAUUUUCAACACAAAAGUCCGCCAUUCCACCUUUGUGAUACCAUUGCCAACAAACUCGAACUCCAUCUGCAAGACAUUUUUUUUUUAUUCUGUACUGUUCUCACUUAUA